AUGGCGGUGAGGGUGCCGUGGCGCAACUCCAUCAUGUGGGCCAACGCCCGGCUGCUGUCCGUGGCCGGCGUGUGGUCGCCGCCGGGCUACCAGGGCUGCUACUGGGUGUACACCUGUUGGCUGUUCGCCUCCCAGUGCUUCAUGAUAGCCGGCCAGCUGGCGGGGCUCUGGUACUUCCGCGCAGAUAUGGACAAGAUAACGCUCGACAUCUGCCUCACCGUAACCGUCGUAAUGGGCGUCAUAAAGGGCGCGGUAAUCGUGGCUCACAAGGAGCAGUUCUUCAACAUCGUCAACCACCUGGAUGACGUCACGGCGGCUCAGCGGGAGGCGGGCGAUCCGGAAGUGGCGUCUGUGCUCGACUCUACUGUGCAGCUGUCGCGGACCAUUACGGUGUACGUGCCGAUGAUGGGCAGUCUGUCUCCCGUGAUGUGGGGGCUGACGCCGCUCCUCUUGAGGCUGCUGGGUGGAGGGUCGCAGCAGCGCGAGCUGCCUGUCGUGUGCUGGUACGGUUCGUGGGACACCGCCACUCCGUACUACGAGCUUCUGUACGUCGUGCAGUUUGUUACCAUACAGGGCGGCUACUUGGUCGUUAUGGGCUCUGACCUCUUCUUCAUAUCGCUUAUGAUACACGCUGCGGCCCAGCUACGGAUUCUCAACAUGAAACUCGAGAAGAUUGUCAAGAGUGAAGACGAAUGGAAUGGCAAAGGCACUGAAGCAUUAACAUGUAUAUCUGGGUACCGUAUCAAUGGUUUGAAAGGUACUGAAAAAUGUGAGGGGGAGUGGAACUCGACGUCCAAGCUUACUCACUAUGUAACGGAUCAGACUAGCAGCUACAGUGAACUUCGCGUAUGGGUGGAGCAACACAAGGAUGUCAUCAAACUGGUGCAGCAUCUGGAACAACUACUCAACAUGAUCAUCUUGUUUCAGUUCCUGGGAGGGACAAUUAUCAUUUGCGUGACGUUGUACCAAAGUUCUGCUAAAACGGGCGAAGUAACAACGAUGUGCAAGUUGCAGCUUUAUCUGAGUACGAUGUUAUCCGAAAUUUUCAUGUACUGCUGGUAUGCGGACGGGAUAGUACAGCAGAGCGCGCGCCUGGCGCGGUCGGCCUACUCCUGCGGGUGGCCGGGCGCCCCGCAGUCGCUGCGACGCGCCGUGCUGAUCGUCAUGUGCCGCACGCAGCGGCCGCUCUCGCUCACGGCCGGCAAGUUCUACACCAUCUCCAGGACCACCUUCGUCAGGCUCGUCAAUGCGUCGUACUCAUACUACGCUCUGCUGCGACAGAUGAAUGAUCACUGA